GCCGGUCCGGCCCGCCGCCAGCCAGCUCAUCCAGCUCGAGCUUCCCGUGCCGCGUGCCGGAGAGAGAUCGCCCGGUGUGGCCGGCUCGAGCCACUGCCGCCCGAGACGUCGGCGGAACAGCACGCGCCGGCAGCGGCCUCCGUGGGAUACCUGGAGACGAGCGACGCCUCACGGCGCAGGUUUUACAUAGUAUGACAUCUCGUGAAGAAUUGGCCAUGGACUUCAGCAGCCAAGAGCAGGACUCGAUCACGUUCGGCAAGAAGUCGGGCUGUUUCAUGAACCGCUGCUGUUCAGCGCUGCUGCUGGCGCUGUUCCUGUGCAGUCUGCUGGCCACCGGGCUGCUGGUGCACUACCUGACGCCCGGCUGCAGGUCCGGCAGCGACCUAGUCACAGACGCCGACCACGCCAGCUCAGCCGGCUUCCAACCGGCCGGCAAAAACAGCCUCGAGCCGCAGCCGGAGCCGGAGCCGGAACCAGAGCCGGAGCCGGAGCCGGAGCCGGAGCCGGAGCCGCCGGCCAAGGUGCGUGAUGUGCGCCUGCCGCUUCACCUGGUGCCGGAGGGCUACCAGGUCCGCCUGCUGCCCUCGCUGGAGGAGGACGGCGACUUCACCUUCAGCGGCGAGGUGACGCUGACGCUGCUGGCCGCCUCCCCCGGCCGCAACGUCACUGUGCACGUCAAGGACCUGGUGGUGGAAAACGACACCAUCAGCGUGCGCGACACGACGGCCGGUGCGGCGCUGCCCGUCAGCGGGGUCCGCUACGACGCCGACCGCGAGUUCCUGGUGAUCCUGCUGCCGCGGGACGUGCAGCCGCAGCACCGCUACGACGUCACCAUCCGCUUCACCGGUAACCUGAAGGACAAGCUGGCUGGCUUCUACCGCAGCAGCUACGAGGGGCCGCAGGGAGAAAAGAGGUGGCUGGCGGUGACGCAGUUCCAGCCGACCGACGCGCGCCAGGCAUUCCCCUGUCUGGACGAGCCGGCGCUCAAAGCCACGUUCGCCAUCACGCUCGGACGUUCGGUCAACAUGAGCUCGGCCUCUAACAUGCCGAUCACGCGGACGGAGCCGAUCGAUGGCAAGCCGGGCUUUGUGUGGGACGUUUACGAGAAGUCGGUGCCCAUGUCUACCUACCUGGUGGCCUUCAUGGUGUCAGACCUGGCCUCCAGAGAGGCCGAUCCGGGGGUCAGCGAGACGCUCUUCAGAGUCUGGGCACGUCCGGCUGCCAUUGAACAGGCGGAAUACGCCCGCAAGAUCGGACCGCAGAUCCUCGAGUACUUCGAGGAGUUCUUCAAGACGCCGUACCCGCUGCCGAAACAGGACAUGGCGGCGCUUCCCGACUUCUCUGCCGGCGCUAUGGAGAACUGGGGACUCAUCAACUACAGGGAGACGGCCAUGCUGUACGAGCCCGGCGUCUCCUCGGCCAAGAACAAGCAGCGCGUGGCCGUGGUGGUCGCCCACGAGCUGGCCCACCAGUGGUUCGGCAAUCUGGUCACUCCCAGCUGGUGGACCGACCUGUGGCUCAACGAGGGCUUCGCCAGCUACGUCGAGUACAUCGGCGCCGAUAAGGUGGAGCCGUCCUGGAGGAUGAUGGAGCAGUUUGUCACCAACGAGGUGCAGAACGUGAUGACCACGGACGCCCUCGAGACGUCGCAUCCCAUCUCCAUCAAGGUCCACCACCCAGACGAGAUCAAUGAGAUCUUCGACAGGAUCUCGUAUGAAAAGGGUGCGUCCAUCAUUCGCAUGAUGUCUCACUACCUGACCUCUGAAACACUGCGAAACGGUCUGGCCAACUAUCUCAACGACAGGAAGUACGAGGCGGCCACGCAGGACGACCUGUGGCGCUUCCUGACGGAGCAGGCCCACCGGGACGGCACCCUGGCCUCCGACAUCAGCGUCAAGCAGAUCAUGGACACGUGGACGCUGCAGAUGGGGUACCCGGUGGUGAAGGUGGAGCGCAACUACCGCGACGGCACCGCCCAGCUCAGCCAGAAACGGUUCCUGCUGAACGGCGCCGAGAGCGCGUCCGAGUACCUCUGGUGGGUGCCGCUGACGUACACCAGCCAGGGAACGGCCGACUUCAACACCACGCGGCCCUCGACCUGGAUCCGAAAACAGCCCCAGAUGACGCUCACCGACAUGCCGCCGUCGGACCAGUGGGUGAUUUUCAACACCCAGGAGACGGGUUACUACAAGGUGAACUACGACCAGCAGAAUUGGGUCAUGAUCACCUCCCAGCUGGCCAACGACCACACGGCCAUCCACACCAUCAACAGAGCUCAGCUGAUCGAUGACGCUCUGGACCUGGCUCGCGCCGGGAUGCUCGGCUACGACACGGCCCUCUCCGUGCUGGGCUACCUGGGCAGUGAGGUCGAGUACCUGCCCUGGGACGCCGCACUCAACAACCUGGCCUACGUCAACGUGCAGCUCAAGCGCACCGCUGGCUACGGACUCUUCAAGCGCUUCAUCCUGAAGCUGAUCCAGCCGAUGUACGAGCGGGUCGGUUUCGAGGAGAGUGCGAACGACGCGCACCUGGACCACUUCACCCGAGGCAACCUGCUCAACUGGGCGUGCAGCAUGGGUCACCCGGACUGCGUGAAACGCUCUGUGGACCAGUACAAACGCUGGAUGGCCGACCCGGACAACGACAGCAUAAUCGCGGCCAACCAAAAGUCUGUUGUGUACUGCACGGCGAUCCGUGAGGGCGGCGAGGAGGAGUGGGAGUUCGCGUGGGCACGCUACCAGGCAGCCAACGUGGCAGCCGAAAAGUCGCGCCUGCUCUCGGCGCUGGGAUGUACCAAGGAGAUCUGGAUCAUGAGCAGGUACCUGAACUGGACGGUGACGCCCGACUCGGGUAUCCGAGUUCAGGACGGAGCCCAGGUGUUCUCCACCGUAGCCUACAACUCCGUGGGCCGCUACCUCGCCUGGGACUUCCUUCGAGACAACAUCAAUCUAGUCGCUAAAGUUUACGGCGCCAGCUCGUUCAUGCUCUCGCGAUUUAUUAGAACUCUGCAGUACGGAUACAACACCGAACUGGACCUGAAGCAGCUGAAGGAGUUCUUCUCUGCGAACGCUGCGAUCCUGACCUCUGCCGAGCGGGAGGCCAGGCAGGCCGUCGAGUACUCCACCACCAACGUGGCGUGGAUGAAGAAAAACUACGACACGAUCGUGCGCUGGCUGAAGGAGCAGGAGAGCCGCUGAGCGGGAGAGUGUCCCCUCAUAGCAGCGCGGCGACCCACGGCAGGUUCCGUCCACGGAGUCGCCGCCAGCCGCGCCAGAUCUGCCCGUGUCUCCCCUUUCCGGGAGGUGGGAGUGCGGCUACCAGUCAGACAGGUCACCAGAACACCCGCUCCUUAGCUGACCUGACCUCACUGACGGAUCGGGCCGCCCUCAGGGGACCCAGACCGCCAGCUGUCCGCCAGUUAGCGGCGCCGUGCGCCGCUGCCCCGCGCCGAGCGGCGGCGAGUGGCCGAACCGCGGCGGUUCGAUAGCGUGUUAUCGAAGACGAGAGACUGAGCUGUGGCUGUCACGUUUUACUGUGACGACAAAGUGGGACAAUCGAGGGAAGCAGUGGUAAAGUGUGGCGGAUUCUGACUGCGAGUUCGCAUCUCCCGCUAUAUGUUGGACGUUGGUGUCUGUUCUUGAGAGUGUUGUGUAAAUAUCGUGUGGUGUGUGAGUGGUGUCACGUAUCGUCGCCUGGAGCGACGUUCAGUACCGGUACCGAACAGGGCGAGAAGCGCAGGCGGUCGUGGAAAUAGGAGACAUACGGAAACUGUCUGCCCCACAGUCGCUACCAGUGCCAUUGCUACAGGUUUCUGAAUCCCCGAGACGGUGUAUACGAUAUACAUUAUACAAUAUACAUGGACGUAUUUUCGUAAGUCCGCACUUUUGUGUGUCUGGUGAUUUGUCUAUACCAGCGUGCUGCGAUUGAGACAGAUGUUAUACAGCUAGCCACCGUGUAUUGGUGAUUCAACAAAUUGUAUAAAGCAUUGAUCCCAUAUGUUCUAUUGAGAGCCUAUUGCCGUGUACAGACAAUACAAAAACAUGCCCAACUUGUAA